CUCCUGGUGGUUCGUUACUCUUUGUUAUUCGCUGUUCGUUACUCUUUGUCGUUCGCUAUUCAUCGCUCUUCGUCGUUCACUGUUCAUUGCUCUUUGUUGUUCGUUCAUUGCUUUUUAUUCUUCGUGCAGCACCGUGGUACUUCAAUUAUCAUGGCUCAUUUGGUGGUG